GCAGCAGUAGCUGUAGCAGCUUCAGCGAAGCCGGAGAUGGGCAGAGAGCGCGCGCGGCGCAGCAGCUCCAGAUUCACUGCUCUCCCCUGCAGCUCCCCGCGCCCCCGUCGCUGUCGCCGCUUCGGUGUCCCCCAGCUCCCGUCGCGCUCUUAGGACAGCGCCGCCACCGCCGCCUGGCCCUGCCUGCCUCCUGCGCCGCGCAGCCCUCGCGAGCGCCCCGGAUGGCGCUUUACCCCCAGGACCGGUUUAGAAUGUAAUAACUCAAGGAUUUGAUAAGACAGUGAAGUAGUAUAACAACUGUCUAUGUGCUUCCCAUGAUAUGUUCUCUAUAUUAAAAAAUUAUGACAUCAACAUCCAAAGGAAUUCUUCGCCCAUUUUUAAUUGUCUGCAUUAUCCUGGGCUGUUUCAUGGCAUGUCUUCUCAUUUACAUCAAACCUACCAACAGCUGGAUCUUCAGUCCAAUGGAAUCAGCCAGCUCUGUGCUGAAAAUGAAAAACUUCUUCUCCACCAAAACUGAUUAUUUUAAUGAAACUACUAUUCUGGUGUGGGUGUGGCCAUUUGGGCAGACCUUUGACCUUACAUCCUGCCAAGCAAUGUUCAACAUCCAAGGAUGCCAUCUCACAACGGACCGUUCACUGUACAACAAAUCCCAUGCAGUUCUGAUCCAUCACCGAGACAUCAGUUGGGAUCUGACAAAUUUACCUCAGCAAGCUAGGCCACCCUUCCAGAAAUGGAUUUGGAUGAAUUUGGAGUCACCAACUCACACUCCUCAGAAGAGUGGCAUUGAGCACUUGUUUAACCUGACUUUGACUUAUCGCCGCGACUCAGAUAUCCAAGUGCCUUAUGGCUUCUUGACGGUGAGCACAAAUCCCUUUGUGUUUGAAGUGCCAAGCAAAGAGAAGUUGGUGUGCUGGGUUGUGAGUAACUGGAACCCUGAGCAUGCCAGGGUCAAGUAUUACAAUGAGCUAAGCAAAAGCAUUGAAAUCCAUACCUAUGGGCAAGCAUUUGGAGAAUAUGUCAAUGAUAAAAAUUUGAUUCCUACCAUAUCUACUUGUAAAUUUUAUCUUUCCUUUGAAAAUUCAAUCCACAAGGAUUACAUCACGGAAAAGCUCUACAAUGCUUUUCUGGCUGGCUCUGUACCUGUUGUUCUGGGACCAUCUAGAGAAAACUAUGAGAAUUACAUUCCAGCAGAUUCAUUCAUUCAUGUGGAAGAUUAUAACUCUCCCAGUGAGCUAGCAAAGUAUCUGAAGGAAGUCGACAAAAACAAUAAGUUAUACCUUAGUUACUUUAACUGGAGAAAGGAUUUCACUGUAAAUCUUCCACGAUUUUGGGAAUCACAUGCCUGCUUGGCUUGUGAUCAUGUGAAAAGGCAUCAAGAAUAUAAAUCUGUUGGUAAUUUAGAGAAAUGGUUUUGGAAUUAAAAUUUUUCAUCACUUGCACACUUGAUAAAUAUUUUGAUGAAAUAUCAUCCAAGUAUUGAGGAUAAGAAGAGAUGCAACAUACUACUAUUGUGUCACAAUUUAUUUUUAUCUCCCUCUCUAGGGUAACAUGUAUAUUUUGGUGGAGAUUUUUAAAAGCUCAGCAUGAGCAAUCAUUCCAUUUGGUUUUAAAUUAUCCUGUAUAUACCUAAUUAUGUGCACUGGAGAGUAAUUUAUUCUUCAUUAUCAUUUGUAAACAUUGUUUUUUCACAUUUUUGUAGUUGUCUAUAAUGUAAGCUUGUGGUUUGAUUAUUGUUUCUACACUGAUCAGCUGUUUAAUCUAUUUGGGAAAUGAAGAUGCGCAUCUUAAAGAAUGAAAAAUUUUCACUGAGUAUUAUAAUGUCUAGUUCCAACUUUGCAUACUAUAACAAAGGAAGAACAUGUUGCUACUGAAUUCUGACCUCUUUGACUCUGAAGUUGAACGAAGUGUUUAACUGUCUCUAUUUGAUCUAUUUUUUACCUGUUUACCACAUUUGUGAAGGUGAAAUUGUUCAUGGAGUGAAUUAGAAAUAUACAAAGCAGAACUGUUCUAUUCAGAAAGCUAUUAGACUUCUCAUUUAUUUUCAUUAAGGUGAUUUGCAGCUACUUAUUCUCAUGAUCUUAAAUUAUUCAAGUAUUUUUAAAUAUCCAAUUUGUUGUGAUUUUCAGCACCUGGGAAGUAAUCCCAAUAAUACUUUAGAAAAUCGAAGACAGUUCUCUUUCUGCUACUGAUAACACUCAUUGUCAUAAUAAAACAAAUGAUUUCCUCAAAUAACAAAAAAAAAGAUACCUAUAAAUAUAUUUAUAAAUGGUGUCAUUUAUGAAGAAUGUUUAAUUACUUAUCAAUUUAAGAUUUUUUUUCUGAAGCCCUAUUAUUUAAAAUCAUCUUAUUUUACCAUAUGGAUAUAAGAUUUGGCUCAUAAUGAUGAGCCCUAUCAUUUGAUUUGAGUUCUAUCAUUUCAGAGAGCCUAAAUAAAAUUAUCACCAAGGAAUUAAAUAUAAGAUGCUAAAUAUAAUAAAGUGGGGAUAUAUAGAAAACACACAGUGUUAGCACAGAGUAAGAUCUCAAUGCACAUUUGUUGGAUGAAUAAAUAAAUGCAAUUGAAUUCACAGAAAAAUGUUUGUUUGUUUCAAGGAAGUGACAGUUCUACUUUAGAAGUACUAAUUGGAGAUGACUUUUAUAUCCCAUUUUGGUAAUUAUUCAUACAUAGCACAUACGACCAUGAUGUUCAGGGCUUUACAGAACCAAAAUAAACCUACCAUUACAUGAAAA